CUUCCGCGGUCACAAAUAUGGCGGCACAAACGGGGUUGUUAGCACCGGCCUUUAUGAGCCGUAGUGAUGUACCUGUUUUCUCUCCGGUGGCUUUGUCAGCGGAGGCCGCCCCGUUCACUCCGCUCGGGAUGGACGGUUGGCGGCUCGGCUCACCGUCGGACGUCGAGAAACAGUUUUCCCGCUGCGCAGCAAAACUCCGAGCUCUGCGAGCAGACUCUGGCCAGUUAAGAGAGGAGCUCAACCUGCUGUUUGACCAGCUACUGUCCGAAAACUACAACAAAACCUUUGACCCCAAUAUCAACAUCCGACCAGAGGAUGUGUGCACCCUGCUGAAACAUGUCAGCUGUCUUGUGCCACUGAGUCAAGAACAUUUAGUCAUCAAACUCUGCCAGCUAGUACAUCAUCUACUCAAUCAGCUAAAGGUAAUAAUGGACGAGCGGACCUUGGAUGUAUUGGUGAAUUAUACCGCCGGUGCGCUGAAAGUGUGCAGUACAUGGACACACUCAGAUGUCCUCUUGGCACUCUCCACAAUAGUGUAUGGGAAUGGACCUCAGUGCCACCAGCACCUCAAUGACUUGCUGGGUGAAGAUGGAGUCCUCUUGCUGUAUAGUUCUCCAUCUCAGCCAAAUAUGGAGUUACGCCGUGUUGCUCUUACCUGUAUGGCCAACAUCUGCCUCAGGAUCCCUGGUCAGCCACCUUUGGAUGAUCAAUACAGAAGUGUAUCUUUCAGAGUCUUCCUGAAAACACUGCAGUCACCCAAACCUCCCAACACGGAUGAACUCUUCUACUGCAUGGUGAUCCAGGCAGCACUGAAGGGACUCCAGUGUUGUCUCUCAGGUGGGAAGUGGAAAUUUGGUGGAGGAGAGGAGGUUGGAUCUGUACUGGCUGCACUUAAGAGGCUCUUGUUCCAGGGAACUCCAGGUGUGAGUGUUGAAUGGCCGGCUGUUCUUUACCCAUCACCUCUUCCUCAGUACGAAGGUCUCUCUGCAUCAAAACCUGUCGAACCACCAAAACCCAUUGAAUCACAAAAGGAUUCCGCUCUGCCAGGCAAAACCUCAGGGAAUAAAAAGAGGAAAUCCAGGGGAAAGGGAAAGAAGACAAGCACUGAGAGCAGGGGUGAUGAUGGAGAGGAAGAUGAUCGAGAUCCAGUACCUGAACUUCAGAAAGGAGGUGGAAGAGAGGGAGGCAGAGGUGAAGUUGAGUCCUUGUCGAAACCCUCUGGCCCGUCUCUCUACCCGUCCUGGAAAAAAACAAGUUCUGACUCAGAGUUUUCUGACCCAGAAGGCAGUGCACAGAGCAAAUUAAGGCUUUACCAUGGUCGUGUGCGUCAGGGAGCACUGCACUGUCUGCUAGCGGUGGUGAAAGCUGUAGAGAAGAGGACUCUGUACGGGUACUGGUCCUCCUUCAUCCCUGACUCUCCUGUUGGUGGGCUGCCGCCUCUCACUCUCCUCACAAUUAUCCGGAAGGACCCCUCUCCAAAGGUGCGUGCGUCUGCGCUUCAGGUGUUGUCGGCCAUGCUGGAUGGCUCCCGUCAGUUCCUGGCUGUGGCUGAAGAUACGGCGUCUCCUCGUACAUCUUACACCCCUUUCUCCUUCUCGCUGGCUACCUCCGUCAGAGAACUGCACCGCGCUCUCAGUCUGGCUCUGCUGGCCGAGACCUCCCCUCAGACGCUCACACAGGUCAUAAAGUGCCUGGCCUACCUGGUGGCAAACGCUCCCUACCACCGUCUCAGACCUGGUCUGCUCAGCCCGCUCUGGAAGCAGAUGCGUCCCUACGUGCGCCACAGAGAUGUGAACGUUCGCGUGUCCGUCCUGACACUUUAUGGCGCUCUGGUGACGACUCAGGCUCCUCUCCCUGAGGUGCAGCUUCUCCUCCGACAGCCGGAGGGCAGCAGCAGCAGUGGCUCAUUCACGCCACAGGACUCGGCUCUCAGCUGGAGACAAAGAGACGGAGUGUCCUCGCCCUCUCGCACACCAGUCAAACCCUCCCUGCAGAGCUCACACACCCACUCCCCUCACAAUCCUCGCACGCCGGGGGAGGAGGACACCGCCCCGCCGUGGCUGCUGCAGCUGUGUGUGUCGCUGGUGACUCAGCCCAGAGAGGACCAAUCAGACAGCGAGGGAGCGGGAACAGGAGGGGGUGCUGCUUUAGAGCCCUCCCCUGUCCGACUAGAAGCUCUACAGGUCAUGUCCCACCUGGUGCGUGGCUACUUCUCUCUAGCUCAAGCAUGUUUGUGUGAGAUUGGGCAGGUGAGCGCUCGCUGCCUUGGGGAGACAGACCCCUCCAUACAACUGCAUGGAGCAAAGUUACUAGAGGAGUUAGGGACAGGAAUAAUCCAGCAGUACAGACCAGAGAACAACGUGCCUGAGAGCUUGAGGGUCCCCGUAAGCCAAGUGGUGCUCUUUUGGUCAGAAGUCUUGAGUGGUCCUCUGAACGGAGCGCUACAGAACGAACAACAUCCCACACUGCAGACGAGCGCCUGCGACACGCUCCCCUCCAUUCUGCCGCAGGCCUUCGCACAGCUGCCUGAAAAGACGCAGCUGAUGUGCAUCACCGUGCUGCUCGGGCUGACCUACAGUGAAAACUAUCUGGUGAAGACUGCAGCCGUCAGGGCUUUGGGAGUCUACAUACUGUUCCCCUGUCUCAGAGAGGAUGUGAUGUUCGUGGCGGAUACAGCAAACACUAUCCUCGCUGCACUUGAUGAUCGAUCUCCAAAUGUCCGUGCCAAGGCUGCCUGGUCCCUAGGCAACCUCACAGACACACUUAUUGUUAAUAUGGAGAGCGUAGGUGUGGACUUCCAGGAAGAGUUGUCCGACAUGCUGCUUCUCAAGAUGUUGCAGGCAGCCACCCGAGCAUCAGCCGACAAAGACAGGGUGAAGUCUAACGCAGUGCGAGCACUCGGGAAUCUGCUUCAUUUCCUGCGUCAAAGUCAGCUGAGCCGAUCUGCGUUCCAACGCCCGCUGGAAGAUGCCGUCCUUGCUCUGGUUAAAACUGUCCAAUCAGAGGCCACUAUGAAGGUCAGAUGGAAUGCCUGUUACGCCUUGGGAAAUGCUUUCAGAAACCCAGCCCUUCCGCUCGACUCAGCUCCGUGGUCUUGUGACGCAUUCUCCUCUCUCUGUCAUGUUGUUACUUCCUGUAAGAACUUCAAGGUGCGGAUCAAGUCUGCCGCUGCCCUGGCAGUUCCUGCCAAGCGCGGCUGCUACGGGGACUUAAAGCAGUUCAGCUGUGUGUGGCGUUCCCUGGCCACAGCUCUUGAGAACAGCGAAGACACAAACGACUUCUUAGAGUACCGCUACAGUGCCAGCCUGCGACACACGCUCUCACAAGCUCUUCUACACCUGCUCAGCGUCAGCCAGUCACAGGACAUGCCCGCCCUUGGGGCAUCGCUGGCCGGGGAGGAGGGGAGGGGCAUCAAAGAGCAUUUGAUCAAAUAUCUCAGAGCGGAGGAAGGAGGAGGAGAGGGGGCAGAAGGAGAAAAAGAUGCGGUGGGGUACAGUUUUACCCCUCAGCAGAGAGUCGGAGGUCUUCAGGAGACCCUGAUCAGACUGAAGGAGUUGAAGGCUGAAGGGGAGGGAUGGGGAGAGGAGGAGAGAGGUAAAGAGGUGGUGGUUCAUUUCCUGGAAGAUUUGCUAAAGACCUGUGAAGGGCCGUAAAGAGUCUCAUUUCCAGCUGCAGCGCUUGGUUUAAGGUCGCUUUCACACCUGUAGUUGGGUAGACUGGGUGCGAAUCAGGGGUGAAGUUGCAACAUUUGGUUUGGUUUUGUGUUUACACUGCACUGUCAGACUUACCAAACAUCGUAAACAAAUGUCACACGGUCGCUGGUCUAUUGGACAGAAAGUCUGAAUGAAAUUGGACGAGACUUCUGGUCUCAGAAAUAAUGGAGCAAUAUCAAAUUUGUAACGUCUUGUGUUUUCUGGUUUUGCUUUAUUGUUUUUUAGCAGAAGGCAAACAAUAUAAGCAGCUGAUAAGCCACGGAGUGAAGGAGAGGGCGGGCCCUGAUGAGAGAGAGAUUGUGAUGGGUUGUUACAGACGACGAGCAAUUUAUCUACAUAAUCGGUUAUGAAUUUGAAAGUUAUCAUCCCUUAAAUCAGAUACAAGUCCACAAGUUGAAAUUUUGUUUUUGGUUCACUUUCAAUAUUUAGGUCGGAUUGCAUUCUUACCAAUUUCUAGUUCACUUUGAAGCGAACAUAGACCUAACCCUAAACCACCCCUCUCCCUUUUCAAACUGACCAAAGUUUAAAUGAGCUUUCACACCACCCCAAACGGACCGGACUAUCCGACGAAACGCUCCAGGUUUUUAUUAAAACGGACCAAACUGCUCAGGUGUGAAAGCAACCAAAGAAAACCGUCUGAGGUCACCAGGACUGCUCUCUCAGGUUGCAUGGAUCAGAGCAGGCAGACAAUCGAAGGAGAGACAUCCAACCUUGAACUAACCGUUGACUGAAGGCGAAGAUUAUAUAACCAGCUUCGUAAGAACCAGAUUUUAGGACAUCACAAGGAACCACAAGACUGUUUUGAAAAACUUAAGACCAUUUGUUUUUUUCUUAUGUACAUUUAAAGAUAUUUUGAAGUUUGCAUUGGCUUUUAUAUCCUUUUAUUUAUCUAAUUGCACUUGCACUCUUUUAUAAAUAAACAUCUGAUAUACAAAGACGUAGUGAUAUUAUAUUCUGAGAACAAAUUAAUGGACAAAUGUAACUUUUCAGUGUAAUCAUGUUGUGAUGAACAUAUUGUGUUAUUGUUUAACAGAAUUGUGUUGUCCAUAGUUAAGAUAUGGAAAAUGAUUUUAUGGAGGUGUAGAGAGUUUUGUCUGAUUUAAUGCAUAACAGUGAGACAUGGUCGAUUGCCUAAACAUCAAUUUGUUUUUGUUUAUUACAUACAUCUGUCAUAUUGAAAUAUAUUUUAUAUAUGAAAUUAAUCUUAAUACAGUUUUAUUGAUCUAAAUAACAUUGUGCAGCCAUAAUUAUUUCAAUCAUUAGUCAUGAAGUACACUACAUUGUCUUUGUUAACACAGCAAUGAGGACACUGACUGAACUAACAAACGACUUCCACGUGGCAGUGAUUUCCCAAAGUGUGGUUUCAGAGUUAUUAAACACAAGAGUGGACAUACAAUAA